GAGCUAAUCUCAAGAAUGGCGGCCAUUGCUCCAACUUUCAUUUUGUGACGAGGUUCUUCCACCCCAUUCCCUGGAUCUUACCACCACCCGUUCUAACCCAGGUUGAUAUUAUAGCACAGCAUUGUGCUAACGUACCUGAACGUUGCCGUUUGCGUGAUUUCCCGAGGAACGAUCCCAGCGAAGCCGUUUCUGUCAGCCAUUUUCGAGCCAGCUAGUGUCCCUGUAAAUCGCUGGUUGCACCGCUACCGAACUUGUCAGACACUCAGCAUAAAUUAGUAAUAAAUAAUUAGCAGCUUCGUGCGGCAAUGGCGGGGGGUGGUCUGCGUGUGGACGUAUCAAGAGACGAGGGCGACGAGCAUGCGGAGGGAGCGGCGCAGCCCAAGGGACGAUUCUCCGGCGGCUCGCCGUCGUCCGAGUCGUCGCUCGUGCAGCAGCGAUUCCCGUCGUCCAAGAUGAAAGUGGACGAGCUCUUUAUUCAAUGGCUCUCGCUGCCGGAAUCGCAGAAGCUGGUGAUGUCAUUAUUAGAAGACGCCAAGGCGGGCCGGCCGCUAAUAGCCCCCGGAGGCCCGAACUCGCACAGCGCAAGCGGAAGCCUCUCCCCGCUGUCCCCCACCAGCGCCUCCUCCCUCUUCGGCGCAACCCCCCCGCUCUCCCCGCGGAGCGACAAGCCGAUGUCGCCCAAGUCGCCGCUGCGUCGCCAGGCGUCGGGGCUGAGCCACGCGGGGUCGCCCGUGAAGAGCCACGCGAACCGCAGCUUCGAGGCGAUCCCGCAGUUCUACUUCCCCAACGGCCCGCCCGCCACGGAGGACGUGGCGAAGCAGUGCAUGGUGAAGAUCCACCAGUUCUUCCACGAACACGCCGAGGGGCUCAACGGGGAAGCGUUCAUGGCGGUGACCCAGGAGGUGUGCAACCUGCCGUCGUACUUCAACUCGGUCAUCUUCCAGCGCAUCGAUACUGAAAAUACUGGCCUCAUCACCAAGGACGCGUUUAUGCGGUUCUGGGUGGACCGGCGGCUGCUGGCAGCAGACAUGGCGACGCAGAUCUUCCACGUGCUCAAGCAGGACCACCAGAACUACCUCGUGCAGGACGACUUCAAGCCCAUCAUGCGCGAGCUGCUCAAUCGUCACCCAGGCCUGGAGUUCCUGCACGACACACCUGAGUUCCAAGAAAGAUACGCGGAGACGGUGAUCUACCGCAUCUUCUACCACAUCAGCCGGUCGGGCAACGGGCGCAUCUCCCUGCGCGAGCUGAAGAAGAGCAACCUCAUGCUGGCGCUGCAGCAGGUGGAGGAGGAGGAGGACAUCAAUAAACAGGGGGGGGAGGAAGAGGACAUCAAUAAAGUGCUCAAGUACUUCUCGUACGAGCAUUUCUACGUGGUGUACUGCAAGUUCUGGGAGCUGGACUCAGACCACGACUUCCUGAUUGACAAGGACGACCUGCUGCGAUACGGCAACCACGCGCUCACCUACCGGAUAGUAGAGCGCAUCUUCGCCCAGGUGCCGCGCCCGUUCACGAGUGGAGUGGAUGGCAAGAUGGGGUAUGAGGACUUUGUAUGGUUCAUCCUAUCAGAGGAGGACAAGUCGUCUGAGCCCAGCCUCGAGUACUGGUUCCGGUGUGUGGACCUGGAUGGCGACGAGCGCAUCACGGCGCCGGAGAUGCAGUACUUCUACGAGGAGCAGCUGCACCGCAUGGAGUGCAUGGCGCAGGAGCCCGUGCUCUUCGAGGAUGUCGUCUGCCAAAUGGCCGACAUGAUCAAACCCGCGAAGGAUGGAGUGAUGACGCUGCGGGACCUGAAAGGGUGUCGGUUGUCUGGCAACUUCUUCAACAUACUGUUCAACCUUAACAAAUUCGUAGCAUUUGAAACACGUGACCCUUUCCUCAUUCGACAGGAGAGGGAAGACCCUACACUAACAGAGUGGGACCGCUUUGCUCGAGCUGAAUACAUCCGGCUGUCUAUGGAGGAUGAAGGUGAUGAUGCUUCCAAUGGCAGUGCAGAGGUCUGGGACGAGUCCCUCGAGGCACCCUUCUGAGUCCUGCCCACAGUUGUAGGGUCGUGUGUCUGUAGUAUCGGUUUCAAUUGCUGCUUCGGCAACCAAGGGCUUGCUGCCUCUUCUCUACUGGUGUUACCCUAUUCGUUUUUAAUCGAGGUCGCUUCAGGAUGCAGUACUGAUGUGUGCACACUCCAGGCUGAUUAACUGAUUUAAGUGGUUUUCAAUCUGCAAA